AUGGACGCCACCUGGACAUUCACCAAGCUUAUUUUGGCAGCAGCCCUGGUAACGCCUUCAAAAGCAUGGCGUCUCAACGUUACCUCAGAAGAAAUCGACGUCGGUAAGACAGCUCACGUUUCUCUGAGCUGUUUCAACCCCUAUCAGCAGCAGGACAUUUCAGAAAUUCUCAUGAUGAGAAUCCAGAAAAAACAACCAAACGGAUGGCACAGUGUAGGGGAACUUCGCGACGGCGAUGUGGACGUCAGACUAACAGCUAGAGACGCCACUGCUACGGGAAGCAUUGUCGCCGGGGCUAACAGCUUUAUGCGGCUUACCUGGCCAUUGGCAACGAACGAUACGAUCGGCCAGUACCGUUGUGAUGUUACUUUUGUGAAUUCCCACGGUAGUGUCGGGUGGCAGAAAGGCUUACCGGCUUCCAUCACUCGUAAGAGUGACGUCACUGUUCAAAUCCUGAGCGACAUGGUGGAAGAGAACAAGAAACAGUGCAUGCAACAAAUACAAGACAUCCAGGAAUACAUGGCAGCAGCCAUACAGGAGAAUAAGAGACAAUGUCAGAAGGAGAAACAAGACGUUUUCCAGAACCAGGCGGCCAUCCUGAAGGCGGUUGAAAUUCUGGAGAACGUGGCAUUUACCUUGGACAGGAACAAGAGAGAGGUUCUACAGCACAGCCAAGACCUCCUGGUAAACGCUACAACGAUCAUGGAGGCCAUUGAAGCCAGUUUUGAACGCAAGUUGAGCAUUGUCAAGAGCCAGCUACGGCCCCAGUCGUGCGCUAAUGCUAAGGGUUUGGGUCCCCGGCCAGUUGUCCUUCUCUCUAGCGGUCAGCUCGUCGUCUGUGACAUGGUGACGGACCAAGGAGGCUGGAUCGUAAUACAGAGACGUGCAUCGGCCGACGUGGACUUUCAUCGCGGCUGGGCGGACUAUAGGAACGGUUUCGGAGACCUCUCUGGCAAUAACAAUUUCUGGCUCGGGCUGGAGAAAAUUUACCUGCUGACAAGGCAGGGGAAAUGCGAACUGAGGUUCGAUUUCACAUUCGAGGGGAAAAACUACUACGCCAAUUACGACAAUUUUGAGCUGUCUGGAGAGUCAAGCAAAUACAGAAUUGAGAUAUCCGGAUUUUCUGGUAAUGUAAGUGACAGCAUGGCUUAUCACAAUGGUCAGCCUUUCUCAACAAAGAACCGUGACAACGACUCAUGGGGCAAGAAUUGUGCCAGUGUGUUCUACGGAGGUUGGUGGUUCAGGAGCUGCCAUCACGUGAACUUCAACGGGCUGUGGGCCAGCUCAGCGUCUACGGGCUUGAGGUGGCUCGGUGUAACUAGUGGCUCGGUUUCCUUCAGUGAAAUGAAGAUUCGACCAUUUGCUAAGUGACAGCUGCAUGAGACCGGAUAGUCCUGUGGAAUAUGUACUUAUAUGUUUGGGUGUUUGUGUAUUUGUUUUUGUUUGACACAAUAUGAAAGACACUGAAAGAAAAACGUAAAAAAUAUCAGAGGUGUUACAUUUCAGUCGUUCCAUCGUGUCAGGUCGUUUAGAAUACUUAUUGGAAAUUCGCUUAAGUUCUUUAUUACGUGAAGCUAAGCUCACUGUCAAUAGACUGGGGCCACACCAAAGAGACUACAGAAGUCUCCGCCUAAGAUCUCAGAGCUCUGGAGCAAGGAAAAUGGGGGAUCUUAGGUGUACGGGAUCUUAGCCGACGCACCAGGGGAGAAUCCACGGAUACCCAUUUUCAGGCCCCAUACCGGAAAAAUGGUACGGGCAAAGAGUGGUUAGCCUUGAUGAUCAAUCACAGUGGCAUGGGGCGUGCCAUUUUCACUUAUUAUCCAACGGUGAGUCUCAAGAUCUACGCUUAUCCAAUUGUUCCUCCCCUUUACCUGUCUAUAUUUUAAAGAACUCCAUCUCUGUCCGAGUUCCCUGCCUUUGUCGUUACGCAACGUUGUGUUGUGACUACAGCAGUUAAAAUCCAGUCCGUCUCGCAAAUUUGCGAGUAGAGAACAAUGUUGCAAGGGUCAGGGAAGUGCACAGUUCGAUGUGAUCCCGCCUGGAGCGAACUUGUCAAAUUGUAGGCCCUUGCCUUUUCUAUGAAGUGGUAAGUUCAGACCUCGACGUGAUUCUGUCUGGGGCAAGCAUUAUAUCGUUUCAUCCAAUUUUACAACGAACAUGUGAUCACAUUCACGAGAUUGGCUGAUCUGUGAAGCAACAGGCAGUUCAAUUAUCUUUGUGUCCGCCUGGGUUUUUGUUCCGUAAGGUAUGAUCUAAAACGUUGUAUCUUAGCCGAGUGUAGACCUUCAGAGCGAGAUCUUUGGGUUGACUUUUCUGGAAUAAAAAUUGUUUUCUUAAAACAGCAAGAUCUUAAGCCAACAGGGAUCUAGGCGGUGGGAUCUUAGUCUUAGGAGGCGUCUACUAUUAUUUAAAUAAUGAAUUGUUCAUCGUUAAGGAUGGACCAUUCAACCCCAAAUUCAUAGGCAAAUUUGCUCAACAUAUAAACCGAAAAACACAAAUCAUGUACAUGUAUGACAACGCACUUGUGAGUCCAUUUUCCUGGUUUAAAACAUGGUUUUUGUCCCUGAAAAGAUUACAAAACUUUUUGAAACUAUU